AUGGCGGCCAUCUUCCUUUUUCGCCUCAACCCCGUGGCUGCUAUGCUCACGAACUACCUUGUCACGCCGCUCAAUAUUGCGUCCAUCCCUGUUUUCAUCUAUUACGGUAACGUUAUGUUUGGCGGCGGUGACGGAGGAGACAGCGGGUUUGUGAUGAGUAGCUUCAUGGAGGACGUGAAGAAGGACACGAUCAACACGCUGCUACUCUUCCGCUUCACGCUAUUGCAUGCCAUCUACAUCUGGCUACUGGCUAUGCCCGUGGUCACUCUGGCUGUCUACAGCGUGCUUACCCCUAUUCUGCGUCGCGUCAUGCCCAAGGCCAAGAAUGAGGUCAAGCACGCAUAA